UAAAUUGUAGCAGAUGACUCUCGAGGUAGUUGUAGCAACCCGUCGCCCGUCGGACCUUAUCUUUUUGGACCGUGCUGAGAUAAUCUUUAAUCGUGGUGCUGACAAUUAAUAAUUAUAAUUUAUAUCUAUUUUGUGGUGCUGACAAUUGACAAGACUUCAUAGUUGUUCAGUAAAUACUGUACGUAUUGUCUUGUCAUAGAAAAUUGUCUUCAAAAAAAUUGUGUGGAAUUGUAGACCCGGCUUUAAGCUUAAGUGUUUAACUUUCAAGUUGACAAAAAAUUGGUGAUCAAUAUUGACCAUGUACAAAUGUGAUACGUGUAACAGAGAUUUUACUCUCAGAAAAAAUUUAAAUAGACACAUGAAGAAUAUGCAUAACACAACUUUAGCUUCUACUUCAAAUAGCAGCAUCACCACCACUAAGGAAGCCAAACACAAAUGUCCUAAGUGUCAAUUACCAUUUGUUGAAAGAAGUUCACUUAGACGACAUGAAAGAGUAAAACACAAAAUGAACAUCACGGCCUCUUUAAGGACCAAAAAAUCUAUUAAAUGCAUGACAUUUGAGCCCAGCAAUUUAGAAGAUUAUCCAUUGUUAAAGAAAUUAGUACCUGUAGAUUAUGUUUACAAAGUGAGUAGCAUACAAUAUUUGGAAAAUGACGGAUUGAGAUCAACAUUUGAAAUUGCUGAUUGCGCUGAGGAUAUAUUUUUUGGUUGGUUAUCAGAAUUGGAACAAAAAUCUAAGGUUACCUACAGAGUUAAAUCAUUCACUAAGUCACCGAGCCAAAAAAUCAUAUUUAAUAAAGUGUAUAGAUGCAUUCAUAAUACAUAUCCCAAUAAGUAUAAAAAAGCUCAUCCAAAACACACAGGAUGUAUGGCCACAUUAACUGUAAGAAUAAAAAAAUGUAGUGAAGCUUUGUCUGUUAAAAAUACAAUGGCUGAUAAUAAUGUCAUAUUGAUUCCUCUUAAAGCAAUUGUGACACUCUAUCAUAAUCAUAAUCAUAUGCUUGUAGAAACAAUGAAAGUAUGUUUCACUAAAAAAGAGAAACUUGGAAAAAUACAGGAAAUACAAUGUAAUGAAACUUCUAUGGAGAUCUAUACAAAAGAAAACCAAUUAAAUAUAACACAUUUUGACAAGUUUAACGGUACACGGCAAAUUGAUGAUGAUGAAAUUAAUGAGCCAAUUGAAAAUGAUAAUUUUGAAUAUCCUGAAGAAUAUGAUAAAUACAUUUUGGUUGAAAAUAUAGAUACACCAAAUGUAUUAUGUGAUAAUAAUGAGAAUGAAUUAAACCAAUUAAUGUCUGAUUAUGAUACAGUUAAUAAAAGAAUUUUGAAACAGUUUGAAUCAAACCCAAGUUAUUUCAAGUCAGCGAUCAAACAUUAUACAUUAGCAAUGAAAGAUAGUUUGACUUCUAAAGAAUCUUUAUUGAAUGCAUUGCAUUCAUUUGGAGAACAAUUUAAAGAAAAACACAAAUGAUUUAAAAAUAUUCAUAUUGCUAGAAUAAAUUAUAAAAUUGUGGACUGGUGGUACACAUUUAUGGAACAAUUGUACUGUACAAGAAUUGAUUACAAAUUUACAAACAUGUAUGCUGUUCAGGAUGUUUUGAUUUAACAACUCCGUUAUUCUCGCCAAUCGCGUGGCCUGUUAGAUGACCUGUCGGCCAAUCGGCGGCCUCGUUACUGUCACCCGUCCGCCAGUGCAGUGUUCAAUGACGUCGGCCUUUCCACCACAAACAAACCGUCGCCAUUGUGUA